GUUUCCCCUUCACCCACAGGCUAACCAGCAAGCCCUGCGCCCUAGAAGCUCUUCUCUAUGGCAGAAGUCACAUCUGCCAGGGCUGGGACGGGAGAGAGUGCGAACCUGGAUCUGUGUGUGUGUGUGCACACGCGUGAGAUUGCUGGAGCCAUGCAGGCUAUUGUGGGGAAGUGAGAAGAGGGCCCGAACUUCACUGUCUUUGUGUCCAUCCUCCUGUCUCUCCCUCUGUCCUUCUCUCUCUGUCUUUUAGACAGACUCACUGGCCUCAAACUCACGGCAGUCCCAGUGUGGGACUCUAGGGUUAAGCUGUCACCCUACCUUGUUCCCGUCCUUUUGCUGCAUGGACUGUUCCCAGCAGAGGCGCCCCUCGACUUUGGAGGACACGGUUUGCACCUGUCUUCCAGGCCUCCCCCCUCCAGUGUGCUCUCACAGCCAACUCAACCCGACAUGCUUGCCGUGUGAUUGUGAGCAGCACAACCCUGGGCUCUGAGCAGCAGUGGCGAGGGCAGCCUCAGUCUGUGGGCUCGGAACCCGUGACCCUCUGCUCAGACUCGGGCAUCCUGCGUGCUUACACUGUAGCAGGCUUCAGCGCCAUGCCACCUGUGGUCCCCGCCUUGCGGUCCCCGCCUACUGGGUCAUCUGUGUGUGGACUGCAGUGGGAUCUUGAAGAUGGAGGUGGUGUGGCAGAGGGGAGCGAGGCCUUCCAGCAGGCGGUGGGACUCAAAAACUGCAGCGGUUGUGUUAGUCUGGAGAUGGUAGAGACUAACCGCCAAGCCGCACCCCUCACCGGGAGGUCAGGCUCCUGACCACAGCUGGAGCAGGGAAGGCUGUGUGUGGAACAGCUGUGCAGGGGCUUGGUGGAGAUAACACGGAAGUGCUGUGCUGUGUGGGCAUGAGGAGGGGGUGGCAUGAGGCCCAGGGGAAGGUCUGGUAGGGCACCAUACACCUGGUGUUCUGCGCAGAGACGAGAGUGGGUGACAUCAGCCAUGACGUGGGCCACACUCAGGCAAUGGGGCAAGGGGAUGAAUAACCGUAGCAGACCAUGGGGGCUGUGGGUAGAGGGACAGGGUGGUAUCCAGGAGUCCAGGGAUGGGUGAGGCUUUGGAGUUGGCCAGCAUAUGGCACUCCAGGUCCCUAGAACUGAGGAAGAGGUUUCCUGGCAGGGACAUAACACUAAAGCAGUGGUAUGGGACAAGGGUCUUCUCCAGGCUGGCAGUAGUGGUGCACAGCUUGGAUGCCAGCACUUGGGAGGCAGAGUUCAAGGCCAGCCUGGUCUACAGCGUGAGUCCCAGGACAGCCAAGGCUCCACAGAGAAACCCUGUCUCCAAAGUCUUCAAGACGCGAAGGAAGGUAGUGCUGGAGCGGAUGCUGAGCUCUGGAACUAACGUCCUUUGUGAGGUGGCCCUGAGAACGGGCACCAGGUUCUGUCCUGCUGGGGGAGGGGCAGGCAGAAGCCACAGCAGGGACUGUACAGGAGAUGGUUCUCGCCAUGCUGGGGGCUCUCUAUCCCAGGGCUGGGCUCAGCCUCUUCCUUUUUUACCUCAUCCUGGCAGGCGCCCUCCUUCGACCGCAGCCCCAGAGGUCUCUGCGAUCUGUUCCUGAGGAAUUCUCAGCUCCGCUGGAACUCUCGGCUCCGCUCUCGGGCCUCGUGGAUGACUCUGGGGUCAGACCCAAGCACCCGUGGCCACGAGGGCCCCGACCCCUUCUCUCUCAGGCCCAGCAGCGCAAGCGGGACGGGCCCAACAUGGCUGACUAUUACUAUGACGUGAAUCUGUGAUGGGAACCCCGCAUAAAGCUAUUCUGGGCAGCAAA